AGCUGCCCGUCUGCCUCCCUGCACCUCCUCCAGCUUCCCCGUCUCACCUCCCGAGGGACCGCCAGCUCCGGGAACAGGUCCUCGGCGUCCUCCAACUCCUGGAAGCCGCUGCGGUCGGGCGGAGGCUCCCUGGCUGUGUCCGCCAUGUUUGUGUGGUUCCAGGGACGCUAAGCUAGCAAGCUAACGCCCUGCGCUAAGAAGCCUACCGCUAGCAGCCUGACUGACAGGCGGGAGGGGUGGGGCAAGGAGUCAGGUGGCGUCCCGGUGUGGUCACGUGACGGAAGAGGCAGAGAGCAGCAAAACUUCAGCGGCAUCACUCCACACCUCGAAGCGCCUCUUUGAAAACGACUCAGUCGUGACUCCUUUUUCAUUUUACAAACAUUGAUCAUCAUAGCUUAAGUGUAUUUACCACUCGCAUUUAAACAGCUCCCCGUAUCGAUUGUGUUAUUGAAAAAAAGGCGCAAUCUCGAUAAAGUUUUUCAGUCACCGGUGACAAUAGACGAUCUUCGCCUCCUAGCUAGGGAAGUCACUUCCGUGUGCGCUAACUUCACGUCUCCACGUUUGAAGUCCGUGUCACAAUGUUAUUAAAGAAGCGAUAGAUGAAAGCGCGUCAUAAAUAACUCACCGUUAGACCGGAAAGUACUCAGUUAGUGGUUAGCAUCCGCUCCAGAGCUUUUACGGUUGGCUCCGUUAGCAUGGAUGCUAACUCGGACCGAAUGGACAAUCUUGCUUUCGAGUUUUCAAGCGUAACGAUGAAAGACGUGCAGGAGAAGUCCAUGCAGACGGACGAGUCAAUGGUCGCCAGGACCGGCGACUCGGGCACCAACACGGACACGGACUGGGAGGUGCAGGUGGCAGCCAUGUUGGCGUACAGCGAGGUCCUGGCCAAAGAACACAAAGAGCUGGUGAAGAGGCGGGAACAGGACGAGGGCGAGCGAGGCAAGCAGACACAGCAGCUGGAAAAGAAGAAGGCGCAGGCCACACGCCAGCAUCAGGUCCUGCUGGAGAAGCUGGACUCACUGCGAGUGAAGCUGCAGCUGAACAACUCCAAGAGCGGCAGGAAGAACUUCCUGUCCAAGAAGCAGGAGAUGACCUCAGACAGGAGCCGUGCUGAGGAGGAGAAGAACAGACUGGCCAAGGAGCUGCAGGAGAGCGACGCCAAGCUGGCGGCGCUGAUGGAGGAGCAGAGCGAGGAGCAGCGGCGCUGGCAGGAGGAGCUGGAGAAGCAGAGGCAGGAGCUGCAGCGAGUCACCAAGGAGACGAAGGAGGCGGAGAAGGUGGCUCUGCAGGACGAGCUGGCCGCCGUGAAGAUGCAGCGGGACGUGGCCAUGGCGCGCAUCAAGGCCUGGCUGGCUGAGGUGGUGCAGUACCUGAGCGUCCUGCAGGACUUCUUCCCGCAUCAGUACCAGCAGGAGAAGCCCGGCUGGGCCAGCAAGGAGGCCGCCGUGCGCCAGAACCAGGACGAGCUGCAGAAACGCUUCCAGGAAGUCCUGCAGCAGCUCCAGCAGGGCCGUGACCUGGACUCCCUGCCCAGGAUCAACGUGCCCGCCCUGCCGCACAUCCCCAUGGCUGACCUCAAGUUCAGACAGCUGAUAGCCUCGCUGCUUCCCACCCCCAUAUACAGGCAACCACUCUCCUACCAGCCCCCCACUCAGCACCGCCCCAGACACUGCCCGCCGCCCCCACACUACCUGCAGCGGCACCCCAUUCCCCCACCGAUGUACCUCCCUUACGUCAGGGCUUCUGCCAGGGUGACCCCGCCUCCCAGCCACUCGCCAACCCCGCCAGCCUACCCGGUAGUUGCCUUCACACCUCCCCCGUCCUCCGGCCCCCUGGACAAGGUGCUGGACAAGCUGGGGGUUCGCUUCCCGCAGUGCAGAAGGAACCAGCUCACGCAGCUGCUGCAGCAGGUGAAGAACACCCGAGGAACGCUGGCGGGGAUGUCUGUGGACCAGCUGGCCGAGCAGGUGGGCCUCAAGCUGGCCCAAGGCGACGCCCUCCCGCUGGGGCCGCUGCACGCCGCAACCGGACCCAGCAAGCUGUGCCUCAUGUGCCAGAACGCCGUGGACCCCGACAGCCGCCACCCGCUGAGCUGCUCCCACGCCAUCCAUAGGGACUGCAUCCGCAUCUGGCUCCAGUCCAGUCCCAACAACGCCUGCCCCUUCUGUGCCGCCAAGUGAACCAUCACACCACAACUUAUUUUACGUCGUACUUGGGAUGCUUUCAAAUAAAAACAUCAACUUUUGAAGCUUAA